AUGGGGCAAUCGAAAAAGGUCUCUUUCCCACCCCUGAAUGGUGACGUGGACGCCGCUCACGGCUUCACUUCCUCGAUGACAGGCAUAACCGGAUCAAACCCGGGGCACGUCGACAUCGCGGAAAAGCGGGUGCUGUGGGCGAGUGUUCAGCAGCAGCUGGCGGCACGUGUUUGUGUACCACGCACCGUAGGAAUGCUAGAGCAGUACACAGAAGGGGACGCAGAGGAGGCAAACUCGUUCACUCCCACCUUUGCGCUUCCACAAAGCCUGCUAGAUGAAUUUGAUGCGACAACGGUACUUGGGCCGCAGUUGCGGCGUGACGCCGAACGUCGGAAAACCGCGUUGCUUUCGUCCCUCUGGCCGUUGCGGUACGUGGGUGGAGUUGAUAUUUCUUUUAUGAAGGGGACAACUCUCGCGGUGGCCUGUCUAGUUAUCAUGGAGUACCCAACCCUGCGGCUGUGUCACACAUACUUCCAUCAAUGCGAGGUAACGGAGCCGUACAUACCCGGUUUUCUAGCCUUUCGCGAGGUUGGGCCACUUGUGGAGUUGAUCAAUAAGGUUAGGGGCGAGUCUUGCGAGGAGGAGACGGGAUCUCUUUAUCCACAGCUUCUCCUCGUGGACGGCUGCGGAGUGCAGCACCCGCUUCGCUGCGGACUCGCCAGUCACCUGGGUGUUACUUUGGAUCUCCCUACGAUUGGCUGUGCUAAAAGCUUCAUGGCUGUCGACGGUAUGACGCGUGAAUCAAUGCAUCUCCUCUUUGCGGCCAACGACGAUGGUGCGUGCGGAGCUACGACGACUUCGGCACCGCUCGUGAAGCCGAUGAUUGGGCGGAGUGGCGCGCUGUGGGGCUACGCGGCCACAACAAACCCCGGCGUCAGGAAGCCCAUCUUCAUCUCCCCUGGUCACCGUGUCGGAUACGCCGAAGCAGCUGCAUUGGUGCUCUCCAUGUGUAGGCACCGCGUCCCUGAGCCCAUUCGCGCCGCGGAUCUCAGUUCACGCGACUACGUUCGACGGAUGAAUCUGAAGUAA